UUAUUGUUAUUUUGUCAAAGCAAAAUCAUAAAAAUAUAGCUAAAAAGUUUAUAAAACAUGUAAAUUAAAAUGGUUUAAAACAAUAAACAAGCCCUCACCGAACAAACCUAGACAAGAAAUUUUGGACAAACACCAGAUAUUGGCCAAAUCCUGAGGGAGCCAUCACUGAAGAAAUCUAAUCUAAUCUAAAUUAAAAUGUCUACAUAUCAAGAAAUUUAUAAAAACUUGUGCCGUAUAUGUUUAUGUUACGGAAAAAGUGAAGAAAUGGUUAGUUUGACUGAGAACAACGACAAAGGAGGACUUAGUUGUUAUGGGAAAGCAGUCCUAAGUUUUGCUGAAAUUUCUAUUAAAACAAACAAUAAUUUACCCUGCUCAAUGUGUAAAAAAUGUUUAAUGUUGUUGAAGCAAGCAAUUUAUUUUAAAUUCAGGUGCGAAUUUAGCGAGAAACAGUUGAAAAGUUGCCUUGAAACAUACCAAAGCACUAAAGAUAUUGGCUUCAACAUUGAGGAAAUUGUUAUAGAUAAUAUUAUAUUUACAAAAUAUUUUCCCGAAGAAUGUUCUGGUCUAACUAAUACUCUUAGUUGUGACAAAUCAAAUGUGGAUUUCACAAGAGAAAGUGAUUAUGAAUCUGAGAGGAACGGAUCGGUAUUUUCUUCUGAUCAUGACAAUGAAAAACACCUGCAAGAUUCUGAUGCAGAUAGUUCAGAUGAGAUACUAAAUUUAAUGGAAGAAAACAUUGGCCAGUGCGGGAAUAUAAGAAGUACCAAUUAUAAAAAUUAUAUGCAGCACAAACUGGCUCUCAGAAAGAGAAGGCAAGCGAAAAUACUGGCCAUUCAUAUAAAAAACCAACAAAUUCACAAUGCAAUAAGAAUGAAGCGAUUAAAAAUGAAGAUUUUAACAAGGAGUGCCAUGGACAAAGCGAAGCUAUUUUGUGAAAUGUGCAAUAGACAAUUUGCGAAUCAUAACACUUAUCGAUACCAUAUGCAGCGGCACAAUGGUUAUAGCUACAUAUGCGAGCACUGCGGCAAAGGGUUUCCGGUGCUGGCCGAGCUAAACUUACAUCAAGUAGCUCGACAUGGUACAGGGCCCUAUAUACAAUGUAAACACUGCAACUUUAAGGCGUCUAGAAAACAUGAUUUAGUUGAGCAUGAACGCUUGCACACAGGUGAAAGGCCAUAUACUUGUGACAAGUGCGGUUUAACCUUCCGGAGAAGAGCAAUAUGGAGAAAACACAUGAUUUACCAUACAGAGAAAACUGUACAAUGUCCGCAAUGCCCCAAGAAAUUCUUUAGGCACAGUGAAAUGCUUGCUCAUAUGAAUGGAAUGCAUGAAAGACUGUAUUUAUAUUCAUGUCACAAGUGUGAUACGACAUAUGCAAAAACGGCAUCAGUCAGAAGACAUUUGACAGAAAAACACGGUAUACCAAGGGAAGAACAGGGUAGAAUUAUAAGAAUUAACAAAAGAAGAUAUGAAAUUAAAAAAUACUAAAAUAAGAAAAUAAUGC